AUGUGAAUUUUCACAUACUUUAAAAGAUCGACAAUAAAUUAGAAAAGAAUAUUUCAAAUUUUAAUUCACAUACUUUACAAUUUUAUAUAUCGACAGAAAAUAAGAAAAUAGUCUUUCUAUAUACAAACAACAUCAAAUCUGAAAAAAAAAAAAACCGAAUAAAUUUUAUCCCUUAUUACCAUCAGAAUCGAUCAAAUUUACCUUUCACCCAUUUCGACUUUGUUUCAAACACCUAGAACGCUAGAACAGAGUUAGGUUUGUACAAAUACCUAGAACUACAUCCAAUAAAAACAAUGACACAAUACUUCGUAUAAUUUUUAUCAAGAGGAACCUCAAAAGAAAUACAGAAAAUUCCAGCUUGCACCAACUCAGCAACUCCAGUCAGCAUUCAGCAGCCUCUAAUAUCAAAUAUAAAUACACCACCCUUCAUUUGUCCAACACCACAAUCCUCUGUUUUUAUUUAUGACAUUACACAAACUAUAGUAUAAAAAAAAAUAUGGCAUACUUGCUUAGCAAGAUCCUCCAUUUACAAGCCAUAAUCUUUUAUACGUUCAUACUACUAAGCUUAUCAAACCAUGGCAUUAACGCUCAAAGUGUGCCGCCGAGCUCGACUCGAUUAACUAGCCUCUUCCCUCAUCUUUCCUUCGACCGGGACUACUCCCAAAUGUUUGGAGACUCUAAUGCUCAAAUUUAUGGCAAUGGUUCUUUUGCUAAGAUUUCUCUUGACAAAAAAACUGGUUCAGGUUUUGGUUCUAAGAAUCAUUACAAUUAUGGGUUCUUUAGUGCUGCUAUCAAACUUCCCCCUGGUUUCACCUCUGGAGUUGUUGUCGCCUUCUAUAUGUCGAAUGCAGAUAUUUUUCCACACAACCACGAUGAGAUCGAUUUCGAGUUACUUGGGCAUCAAAAAAGCAGGAAUUGGGUUUUGCAAACAAAUAUGUAUGGAAAUGGAAGUGUAAAAACAGGGAGAGAAGAGAAAUUUCGCCUAUGGUUUGAUCCAACUACACAGUUUCAUGAAUACAGCAUCAUAUGGAAUAGUCAUCAUAUCGUGUUUCUAGUGGACAAUAUACCGGUUAGGGAAGUACAAAAAACUCCAGCGACGUCUUCAUCCUAUCCAUCAAAACCUAUGGCGGUUUAUGCCACAAUAUGGGAUGCAUCACCUUGGGCAACCCAUGGAGGAAAAUACCCGGUUAACUAUAAGUACGCCCCAUUUACCGCUUCAUUAGGGGGGAUGGAGAUGGCCGGUUGCGUUUAUGACCCGAAAGAUCUUUCGGGUAAAUCAUGUUCUAAGAGUAGUAGCCCAUCAAGUUUGGACCCUCUUGAGGGCCAAGAUUUUGUUAAGUUAUCAAAUCAACAAAACAAAGGACUACAAUGGGCAAGAAGCAAGCAAAUGAUCUACUCUUAUUGUAAAGACAAACGUAGGUACAAAGUCCUACCACCGGAAUGCACCACAAAAUAACUAGGAUUCAAUUAAUUAAUUUAUUUUUUAUAUAUACAUUUUUUGUAACUUUUAUAUAUAUAUUUUUUACAAGAUUGAAUAUGUAAUUAGUACCUGAGGAAUUGAAAAUUGUACCAAAAUCAUAAUAUCAGAAAUUAAAGUGUAACGAUUUGUUUAAGUUUU